AUGGCGGCGACCUUCUACUCCCACGCGUUCUCCGUCGCGCAGGAGAGCGCGCAGGUCGCGGUGGUCGACGCCUACGACGGCAGCUCGCAGGGCGCCCUGAAGAUCGCGCAGGGCAACAAGAGGCGCGCCGAGGCGGUGCAACUGAAGCCCGGCACGGCCGUGACCCUUGCCGCGGGAGCCUACCAGGUCAGCCUGGACGACGCGAGCGGCAAGAGCGUGAAGACGGUCGCCCUGACGGCCGCCGAGGGCGGCAAGCACGUCAUCAUGCGCGUGGGCGGCAGCGAUGGCAUCCCCCAGGAGCUCGUGGUCUUCUCCGGCGAGUCCGCCGAGCGCAGCGGCGCCUCUCCCCGCACCGGCGCCGCCCUCCUCGGCGCGCUCGCGGCGGCCGUGGCGGCCGCCCUGCUCGCGUGA